GGUGAAGUUGCAGUGUAUCUUUGCUUUGGGAUAUGUAUAAAAGGGCGGCCAGCUUGAAAAUCGAUCUCCCACAGGGAAGACACUGCCGUGAAAAGAAAAUGAAGAGUUUCCUUUGUGUGAUAGCCUCCAUAGUUCUUGCUGGGGUGUGUGCCUCCCCUGCAUCUCAUGAUGGAGAUCCUUCUGGCCUAACCAAAGAACACAUGGACCAUCUUCACCAUGACAAAGAUCAUCCUCACCCUCACAACUUAGCAGAGGACAAACCUGUCUCUGCACUUGCUUCACACAAUGCCGACUUUGCCUUUGCCUUGUACAAACAACUGAGUAGCCAGGAAGAUACCCAGGCCAAGAACAUCUUUUUCUCACCUCUGAGUAUCUCUAGUGCCUUGUCCAUGGUAGCCUUGGGUGCCAAAGGUGCCACUCACCAAGAGCUGUUCAAGACGCUUGGUUAUAGUGAGAUUGUCCCUGCCGAUGUGAAUGAUGCCUAUGAGCAUAUAUUCCACUCUUUGGGACACUCCCAGAGUGCACUGCAAUUGGACACUGGCAACGCAAUGGUCUUACAAGAGAAAUUCAAGCCGAAACACAAGUUUGUGGAGGAUGCCAAACACUACUUUGAUGCAGAAGGUUUCACAGUUGACUUCAACAUGCCUGAUGAGGCAGCUAAAAAUAUCAACCAGUACAUUGCCAAGAAAACUCAUGAUAAGAUCACAGAUAUGAUCAGUGACUUAGAUAAGAACACUGUCAUGAUGCUUAUCAACUACAUCUACUUCAGGGGAAAAUGGGAAAAACCCUUUGAGGCAAGCCUCACUGAAAAAGCUGACUUUCAUGUAGAUGAGACAACCAAGGUUUCCGUUGAUAUGAUGAAAAGGACUGGACGCUAUGACUACUAUUAUGAUAUCACUAACAAGACAACUGUAUUGAUGAUUCCAUACCAAGGAAAUGCCUCAAUGAUGGUUGUCCUGCCAGAUGAAGGGCAAAUGAAGAAGGUGGAGAGUGUAAUCAACAAAGAUUACAUCAAACACUGGCAUGAUUCUCUGUUUAGGAGCAAUGUGGAGCUCAGCAUUCCAAAAUUCUCUGCUUCCGUGUCAUAUACCCUGACUGACACCUUAAAGGAGAUGGGACUGGUCAGUGUUUUUGAUGAUGAGGCAGACUUGUCAGGGAUCUCAGAGGAGGUUGGCCUGAAGGUUUCCAAGGUUGCUCACAAAGCUGUCCUCAGCGUGGAUGAGAAAGGAACUGAGGCAGCGGGCGUCACCACUGUCGAGAUCAUGCCUAUGUCAACUCCUGACGCUGUACACAUAAACCGCCCCUUCUUUAUAUUUAUCUUGGAGGAAAGCACAAAAAGCAUUCUCUUCAUGGGGAAGAUCACUGAUCCAACAGCCCAGUGAAUUAACCAGCCUCAGUAAUAUUAUUUCCACAGAAGAUUUUGUAGAGGCUUGUGACUACAAUGGAAUACCAAAGAUAAUAGCAAUAUCUGAAACACAGCAUUUCGGUCUGUCAAAACUAUAAAUUCAGAAAAAGUAAACAUUUGAAAAUGGGUAUUCUUCACAAGCUAAAUAUGAAGGAUUAUCUGAUCCGGUUUUUUAUAUCCCAGAAUUUUUGGCUUCAUGAAAACUUGUAAUGAAAUCUAUAUCACACACCUUACUUUUUAGUGGCAACUGCAAUUUGCAAGGUGUUAUUACACAUUUAAUUUUCUCGUGAUCACCAGUAUAGUUUGUUUUAUGACUUUUUUAUCAUUUGGAAAUAAAUACCUUUCUUAUGUAUUCCAGGAAAUAAUAACCUAAAAUAAAAAAUGAAUUUAAAGUCUUCAAACUGCAGCUAAGUAAAAUGAGGAAUAAAAAGAUCUCUUAAAUGCUCAA